GUCUUUCUGAAGUUACUAGAACGUUUUGCGACAGUGUUGAUAACGUAGUAUUUGGGUUUCUCCUGUGCGUAUGUUGCAUAAAAUAGUGAUGGUUUAGUUAUUUUUUUAAGCGAAAUUCGUCAACAAAUGAGUGUUUUUGACUUAUUUCGAGGGUUCUUCGGGGUUCCCGGAGGUCAUUAUCGUGGCCGAAGGUGAGUUUAUGUUAUCCAGGUCGUUGUGUUUCGCAGUUUCCUCUCGGCUAAGCUAACUGAAGUUGGUAUCUGCAUGCACGUUGUUUGGCUGCUUAACCAGCUUUGGUUACAAGAUUAGAGAUUUCUCUGCCAGGGUGACCACAGGGGUCCCUCAGCGAGCCUGGUCACCGUUGUAUUUAGGCUUAGACUGACCUCUGGAGUAACAGGAUUGAGUACUUUGAAGUCUAUUAUUGUAACAGCCAAAUAGUACACACAAACCUCCUAAAACCAGAUGUAGUAGUUAGUACAUGUGAUAUCUGAUCUGUGUUUUGCUCCAGGGAUCCCUUCUUUGAUGCCAUGACUCAUGACGAUGAUGACGAGGAUGAUGAAGAAGAUGAGGAUGUUUUCUACUACGAUGAAUUUAGGGGGGACCAGCAGGACCCCUUUGACGGUGACUGGAGGUUUGGUUUCAGCUUUGGUCCAAAUGGUGUGAGGAUCCAGGAGCCUCCAGUGUUUGGCCAAGUCCUCAGGGAGAUGGAGGAGAUUUUCUCCCAGCUGGGCCGUGAGGAUGGGCAGCACUUUGGUAUAAAAACUGAGCCACGAUCCAGUGUUUAUAUGCGUCUUUGCUCAUCCCAGAAACGGUAUAAUCAAAUUUGUAUAUUGUAGGUGUUCCCAAGCUGCCACCACCAGAGGAUGGAGGUAAGAGUAGUGAAGACAGAUCCAGCGGGAACCCCUUGAGAGACUUCAUGCUCAAAUCACCUGACACCAACACACAUGGACUAAGAGAGCCCAGAAAAGACAGCCAACCUUCCUAUGAGUCACCAGGGGUGUAUGGCUGGACCCCUUUUCCAAAGGUUGAUAAUUCACACUCGCUUUUCUCUGCUAAUGCAACAUUUGGCGUUACUGAUGCUAUAAAUGUUAUUAUCCUUAAAUGUCUUGGUAAUAGUUCAGUGAUAUUUGGAAACGGGGACCACAGACAGCUCCAGAGGAUGAGCGCAAAGAAGACAGAGGUGAUCUGUCAAGUUCAGUCAUUUUCUUGACGAAAUACAGGCUUUGAUAUUUACCAGAUGUUCCAACUCAUGUCCCUGUUUCUCAACCUCUUUAGAUCUCGACUCUGCAGUUUCCUCUAGAGGUCUGGAUCAGGUUUUGACGCCACCUGCUGGUCAGGCACCAGACCAACCUAGGACUUUUUUUCAGUCAGUCACAGUCACCAAGGUGGUGAAACCUGAUGGGGUGAGAGACACAGAGUACUCUGAUUCAAAAUACAUCAUAUCCAUAAAUAUGUUUACUAUAUACCAUUUCAUACUGUUUCAUCUCACAAAUUAGCUAACUCUUGGUUGUAUAUUCUGUCAGACUGUGGAGGAGAGGCGAACCGUUAGAGACGGACAAGGAAAUGAAGAAACCACAGUGACUCGCUCAGGGGGUCCGUGCAGUCGAGACGACCACACAGGACCUCUCAUGCCAGGUUAGUAUACAUAUGGGUGUUUAUGAAAGCUAUUGUCUGUUAACCAAGUCAUCUUAAAGUGUUGUAAACACCUAGUAGACUGAUUUAGCUCUAAUACAAUCUUGUUUCUUAUUUUUAGGAGACCAACAUCCAUUUUCAGACAUGCGUGAUGAUGGCUCGUUGUUCUCCAAGUUCUUUCGAGGGUUUAAAUAACAAGUUAAAGAAUGUAAAGUGAAGCACAUUCUUUACUCUUUCAGUCUCCAAGUGCUUCCAUAGAGCUGUGAAUGAGCAAGUUUGUAGACUCCAUCUGAACACUUGCAUGUCCUUUAAUUGCCAAAAACAAAGUCGGGAAAGGAUCUCUUUACAUAAGACCACGUAGAGUACAGGCUGCCAAUCCUGAAAACCAGUGAUUUUGACAAGUGGAUACAAAUCAGGGAUUUCACAAUACACUGUUAUACAAAUUUUAUUUUUUAACACUUUUUGGAGAAUAAGCCAGUAUGAAUAUGAGUGUAUGAGUGUGUGUGAUAUGUCAAAUAAAUAUAAUAUAUCUACAUUA